CUGUUUCUCUCUGUUUCUCUCUUUCUCUUUCUCUGUCUCUUUCUCUUUCUCUGUCUCUUUGCCUCUGUCUGACCUGACCCACUGGUCUCCCAGAGUCCUGGCUCCACCAUGUCUUUGGCGUUCUGUGGCAAUGAGAACAACUCGGCCGCCUACAACGUGGACGGUGGGGUGCUCAACAACGGCUGCUUCCUGGACGCCCUCACCGUGGUUCCCCAUGUGUUCCUGCUCUUCAUCACCUUCCCCAUCCUCUUCAUCGGCUGGGGCAGCCAGAGCUCCAAGGUGCACAUCCAUCACAGCACCUGGCUGCAUUUCCCUGGACACAACCUGCGCUGGAUCCUCACCUUCAUCCUGCUCUUCGUCUUGGUGUGUGAGAUCGCUGAGGGCAUCGUAUCAGAUGGGUUCACGCAGUCCCAUCACCUACACCUCUACAUGCCCGCGGCCCUGGGCUUCAUGGCCGCCAUCACUUCUAUAGUGUACUACCACAACAUCGAGACGUCCAACUUCCCCAAGCUCCUGCUAGUGUUGCUGGUGUAUUGGGUGUUGGCGUUUGUGACGAAGACGCUGAAGUUUGCCAAGUACACGGAGCAGGGGGUGGGCAUGAAGCAGCUGCGCUUCUGCAUCACGGGGCUGCUGUCUCUGCUCUACGGCCUGCUACUCGCUGUGGAGGGCAACGUUAUCCUGGGGCGGCGAUACGUCUGCUUCCAGCAAGCCCCAGAGGUCAAGCCGCCAGAGGACCUUCAAGACCUGGGUGUCCGAUUCCUGCAGCCGUUCGUCAACCUGCUUUCCAAAAGCACAUAUUGGUGGCGACCCAUUGACCUCAAGGUCCUCGGCAAGCUUCCCAUCGCCAUGCGAGCGAUCACCAACUACCUGAAGCUACGCAAGGUUUUCGAGGAUCAGAGGAGGCCUCAGGACAGCCAACCCCAAGGACCCCAGUUGAUCUGGAAGGCCCUGCGAAAGGCCUAUGGGAGGCCGCUGAUCCUCAGCAUCUCCUACCGCUUCAUGGCUGACCUGCUGGGCUUCGCCGGGCCGCUCUGCAUCUCCGGGAUCGUGCACCACAUCAGCAAGGAGAACCGCACCAUUCAGCCACCGGUGAAGCUGCUGGGGGUUUACUUUAUCUCAUCGCGGGAGUUCCUGGCCAACGCCUACGUGCUCACUGUGCUGCUCUUCUCCGCGCUGCUCCUGCAGAGGACCUUCCUCCAGGCCUCCUACUACGUGGCCAUUGAGAAUGGCAUCAACCUGAGAGGGGCCAUACAGAUGAAGGUCUACAACAAGAUUAUGCGUCUCUGCACAUCAAACUUGUCGAUGGGCGAGAUGACCGUGGGCCAGAUAUGUAACCUGGUUGCCAUCGACAUCAAUCAGCUCAUGUGGUUCUUCUUCUUGUGUCCAAACCUGUGGGCCAUGCCAGUUCAAAUUGUUGUGGGGGUGAUUCUGUUGUACUACCUCUUGGGUAUAAGUGCCUUGAUUGGAGCCACCGUCAUUGCACUCCUGGCCCCAGUGCAGUACUUUGUGGCAACCAAAUUGUCUGAAGCACAAAAAAGUACUUUGGAGUACUCAAAUGACCGUCUGAAGAAGACCAAUGAGCUGCUGAGGGGCAUCAAGCUCCUGAAGCUCUACGCCUGGGAGCACAUCUUCUGUGGCAGCAUGGAGGAGACACGCAAGAAGGAGCUUAAGAGCCUGCAGACCUUCGCCCUCUACACCUCCAUCUCCAUUUUCAUGAAUACAGCCAUCCCAAUCGCAGCUGUUCUUACCACGUUCGUGGUCUACGUUCACAUCUCGGAGGAUGCAAAUCUGUCUCCUGCUGUAGCGUUUGCCUCCCUGUCCCUCUUCCACAUGCUGGUCUCGCCUCUCUUCCUUCUGUCCAGCGUAGUGCGCUCCACUGUCAAAGGCCUGGUCAGUGUGCAGAAACUUAGUGAGUUCUUCUCAUGUGACGAGAUCGGAGAGGAACAGGAGCCCAGGACCACUCUCCCCCCGGCCUCCUCCAAAAACAGCAAGUACCAGGCCCUGCCUCUAAAGGUGGUGAACCGUAAGCACCCUGGCCGGGAGGACUGGAAUAACUUUGGGCUCCACCGAGACCUUGAGGAGGAGAGCCUCUCCCUGGACGAUGAGGACACCUGCAUCAAGAUCAGCAAUGGAUACUUCACCUGGGUAGAUGGUCCCCCCACAUUGUCAAAUGUUAAUAUAAAGAUUCCAUUCGGUCAGCUAACCAUGAUUGUGGGGCAGGUGGGAUGUGGGAAGUCCUCCCUGCUGCUGGCUGCUCUAGGAGAGAUGCAGAAGACCUCUGGUAGUGUAGUCUGGAACAGUCUUCCCAACCUGGACUCAGAAGGUGAUGAGAGCCCCACUUGUAAGGACACUGCCGGAGAGGGCGAUAUCAGGAAGAGGGGCUCUGUGGCCUACGCCUCCCAGAAGCCCUGGCUCCUGAAUGCCACCCUGGUGGAGAACAUCACCUUUGAGAUGCCCUUGAUCAAAGAGAGAUAUAAGACUGUCAUAGAUGCCUGUUCUCUGCAGCCGGAUAUCGACAUCCUGCCACAGGGAGACCAGACUGAGGUCGGCGAGCGGGGAAUCAUCCUGUCAGGAGGUCAGCGCCAGCGAAUCGGAGUGGCAAGAGCCCUUUACCAAUCCACUAAUGUGGUCUUUCUGGACGACCCAUUCUCUGCUCUGGACAUCCACCUGAGCGACCACCUGAUGCAGGAGGGCAUCCUGAAGCUGCUGAGAGAGGAGAAGCGGACAGUGGUGCUGGUCACUCACAAGCUGCAGUACCUGCCACACGCGGACUGGAUCAUUGCGAUGAAGGAUGGGAGCAUUCAUACAGAGGGCACCCUGAAGGACAUCCAGAAUGCCGAGCCGGAACUGUUUGAGCAGUGGAAGACCCUCAUGCACCGACAAGACAAGGAAUUUGAGAAGGAGACGGUGGCAGAGAGCAUGACGGUGCUGGAGAGGAAGAAUCUCCGCAGGGCCAUGUACUCACGCGAGGCCCUCAAGACCGAGGAGGAGGAUGGAGCACUGGGGUACACAGGUGAGCUGCUGCUGCUGCUCUCGCAGCUCCUCAAGCACUCGCUCCUAGUGUCCAUCGACUACUGGCUCGCUCACUGGACCUCCAACGUCAUCAACGCCAAGAUCCACGCGGGCGAGAACUGCACCUCCGCACAGGAGUGUGGCUUCAGCCACUCGUCGUACCUGCUGGUGUUCAGCGUGCUGUGCUGUCUGGGCAUCGCGCUGUGCCUGGUCACCUCGGUGACAGUGGAGUGGACAGGGCUGCGUGUGGCCAAGGAGCUCCACAGCAACCUGCUCAAAACCAUCAUACUGGCCCCUAUGAGGCUUUUUGAGACGACUCCGCUUGGAAGCCUCCUGAACAGGUUUUCAACAGAUACAAACACCAUCGACCAGCACAUCCCCGCCACUCUGGAGUGUCUGAGUCGCUCCACGCUGCUGUGUCUCUCUGCUCUGGGCGUCAUCUCCUUCGUGACACCCGUCUUUCUCAUUGCACUGGUACCCCUGGCCUUCGCCUGCUACUUCUUCCAGAAAUACUUCAGAGUGGCCUCCAGAGACCUGCAGCAGCUGGAGGACUCUACUCAGCUGCCUCUGCUGGCCCAUUUCUCUGAGACGGUGGAAGGUCUGACCACCAUUCGCGCGUUCAGAUAUGAGGCCAGAUUCAGGCACAAACUAUUGGAGUUUACUGAUGCCAACAACAUUGCCUCUCUCUUCCUCACCGCAGCCAAUCGCUGGCUAGAAGUUCGAAUGGAGUACAUUGGAGCCUGCAUCGUGCUUAUAGCUGCUGUGGCCUCCAUCACAAACUCCAUAUACAACCAUCUGUCCACGGGGCUGGUAGGACUGGGCCUCACCUAUGCACUUAUGGUGUCUAAUUACCUGAACUGGAUGGUGCGCAACCUGGCGGACAUGGAGGUGCAGAUGGGCUCGGUCAGGAGGAUCAGUGCCCUGCUGAAGACAGAGCCCGAGAGCUACGAGGGGCUCAUGUCGGCGUCUCAGGUGCCUGACGGCUGGCCCCAGCAGGGGGAGAUUCAGAUCCAGAACCUGAGCGUGCGUUACGACAGCACCCUCAAGCCCGUCCUCAAGAAUGUCAACGCCCACAUCAACCCUGGGCAGAAGGUUGGGAUCUGUGGCAGAACAGGGAGUGGCAAGUCCUCCUUUUCUCUGGCCUUCUUUCGCAUGGUGGACACAUUCGAGGGACGCAUCAUCAUUGAUGGGAUUGACAUCGCACAGCUGCCCCUGCAGAUGCUGCGCUCCCGUUUCUCCAUCAUCCUGCAGGACCCCAUCCUGUUCAGCGGGACCAUACGGUUUAACCUGGACCCAGAGAGCAGGGCAUCAGACUGUAUGCUGUGGGAGGCCCUGGAGAUUGCCCAGCUCAAGUCUGUGGUGAAAACCUUGCCUGGGGGACUUGAUGCUAUAGUGACGGAGGGUGGGGAGAACUUCAGCCAGGGCCAGCGACAGCUCUUCUGCCUGGCCCGAGCAUUUGUACGAAAGACCAGCAUCCUUAUCAUGGAUGAGGCCACUGCCUCCAUAGACAUGGCUACGGAGAGCAUUCUACAGAAAGUGGUGAUGACAGCUUUCGCUGAUAGGACGGUGGUAACCAUAGCGCAUCGCGUACACACGAUCUUGAAAGCUGACCUGGUUAUCGUCAUGAAACGAGGAAUCAUUCUGGAGCAUGACAAGCCAGAGGUCCUGCUCGAGCAGGAGGACAGCGUCUUUGCCUCGUUUGUCAAGGCAGACAAAUAAGAACAAGGAGGAAGACAAAGACAGAAUCAAGGACCUUCAAAGUGCAAUUGCAUCAUGGACUACUACUGUUUCUGUUUUUUGUUGUUGUUGUUUUUUUUUUAUCAUGCAUCAUAUUUGUAAAUAAGAUUAUACUUCUUUAUUAAUAAAAAAGUAAUUUUCAUUUUAAAUCAUAUAUUUUUUAAGAAUGGGUACUGUCGUACUGUUGAAUAACGUUAGGGGACACUCCCAGUGGGAGGAGAUGAAAUAUAUCUAUUACACAAGUAUUCUGAUAUGUUUGACAUAUAUUCAUAUUGACAGAUGGUCAUAUGGGUCAUAAUGUAUACUAAUCGUGGCAAAAAUUAAGCAAUUCCAUUUACAGUCUAAUGUAUGCGCAUAGCUAUCUAGUGGUGUAACUAUUAUGGACAAGUGUUGACAUGCAUUGGACGAAUCAUUGGAUUUGAUAAAGCUAGCAUACUGCCAGGAUUACAAAAACCACAGGAGCUAUGUCAACUGUAUGCAAUAAUGACAAAUAUUAGGUGGACCAAUUUUGAUUCAACUUGGACAGCACAAACACAUUAAAGGGAAACUCAAACUGAA